CUUUGUCUCUUCCGCCGGGCUCGGAGCAGCGUCCGCGCUCCGCUGUCGCUCCUGCAGGGGGCCCAGGUGUCUCUGCCGCAGCCCGUGUCACCCGUGACCUGCAGGGUCCUUCCGCCUGCGGGUGUGGUGGUAGCAGAUGGAGGGGUCGCGCUGAGGCCUUGACAUGCACAUUCUCAAGAUGCAGCUGUGACCUGUGCAGAUGACCUCAGCUGAGAGGGCGCCUUAGAGAGGCCGGAGGAAGAGGAAGAAAUGGCUGGUUCUCAGGGAUUGUUGACAUUCAGGGACGUGGCCAUAAAAUUCUCUGUGGAGGAGUGGGCGUGCCUGGACCCUGCUCAGCAGAAUUUGCAUCGGGAUGUGAUGUUAGAGAACUACGCAAACCUGGUCUCUGUGGGUCUUGCUGCCUCUGAGCUGGACCUGAUUUCCUGUCUGGAGCACAGGCAAGAGCCCGGGCCUGUGAGGAGACAUGAGGCAGGAGCCACACACCCAGCAGGCUGAAUGGAUGGAUCGAUCCCCCCACUCGUGGCCAAGGGAACCCCAGGAAGACCCUAAGAAGAUGACUGCUUGGCCCUGAGAAGGCAGGUCAGACAUACCCGGUCACGCCCCCUCCCUUCUCAGAGCUAUCCUUCGCUAACUCGUCAGCCGGCCUGAGGCUAUCUGUCUGCGAGACAGA